CGGUCCCUUUAAUAACAAAGUUCGACGAGAUUACCUAACUGCUCUUCAGCGCUUCGUCUUCGUGGCUGUAUAAUAAAAAUGUCUCUACAAUACAAUGUUUUCAGGCAAAUGCGAGUGGUAAUGUCUCCGCUGUCAAGGAAAAUGGCCUCCUCAGCUGGUUCCUCUGAUGGAGAAGCUUGUGGCAGAAGUCAGCCCAAGAAAGCCAAGACUCCCAUUGGCAAACUAGAUGACCAGGAGACCCCAGCUGGUCAGCACCCAUUCCAGGAGAAAGAACCGUUAGCAGCAUUCCCUGACAAUGUCAACCCAAGCACGGGGGAGGUAGGAGGCCCUCGGGGACCGGAACCAACGCGCUACGGGGACUGGGAACGCAAGGGCCGUGUCACUGAUUUCUAGUCUGUGGCAGUGGGUGGUUUGCGGGUACUUUGGAUUGGAUAAGGUCUCAGGGAGCUGUUAAUGAAAACAAAGCUUGGUCAAGAAGAAAUGUCAAAGAACAGUCAGACUGUUAGCUGGUAAAGGUGACUACACAGAAACUUGAUAAUUAUCACGAUAUUACUUAAUGUACUUUUAGUUUGUAACUGAAGAUAUGUAGGUAACACUUUAAUGUUUCUUAAAUCCUAAAUAUUUGACAUUUAUUGAACAGGUGCUUUUUUUGUCUUUGUUUGAAUAUUUAUUAAUUUCUUUAUUUUCAUUUUUGAUAUAAAAAAACUGCAAUUGGAUUUUUAUUUUUAUGCUUCCCAAGGAGGUGUUUCUCAAUAUUGAUUCUUCACUCAGUGAUAAUGACUAUCCAUGGAAGUCAAUACUUAACUCUAAAGUUAACUGAUUUUGAAGUGUGAUAUUUGUUUUUAAAAUUCACUGUACAUAGAAUUAUGAAGAGUUUUUUGUUAUAUUUUGUUUGUUUUGGUUAAUUUGCAGUGCCUGUUGUUCUGUGCAUUGCUAGUCAUGUCUAGAAACUUAUAUUUAAUCUGUAAAUACUAUAUAAAAGAUAAUGAAAGGGUUUCGAGAUUG